UUCCCCCCUACACACAGCCUCUUGUUUCCCACAAUGCUCUGCGAACAUCACCACCAAGAUGGCCGACGCUAUGGAGGAAUAUGAGAAAGAAGCUGGCUGCGUCCCUAUUCUCCAUCCCGAGGAAAUCAAACCCCAGAGUAAUUACAACCACGGCUACACGGAGACCGUCAGCCGUAAAAACCAUGUGGACGACUACAGCAACUGGGACAUCGUCAAAGCCACACAGUACGGCAUCUUCGAGCGCUGCAGGGAGCUGGUGGAGGCGGGCUUCGAUGUUCGGCAGCCAGACAAAGAAAACGUAACACUCCUUCACUGGGCCGCCAUCAACAACAGGAUAGAUUUGGUCAAGUACUACAUAUCAAAGGGAGGCGUAGUGGACCAGCUGGGAGGAGACCUCAACUCCACCCCUCUGCACUGGGCCACCAGACAAGGCCAUCUAUCCAUGGUGGUGCAGCUCAUGAAAUACGGCGCCGACCCGUCUUUGAUCGACGGCGAGGGAUGCAGCUGCGUUCAUCUGGCCGCGCAGUUCGGCCACACUUCCAUCGUGGCCUACCUUAUCGCCAAAGGACAGGAUGUGGACAUGAUGGAUCAGAACGGCAUGACUCCUCUGAUGUGGGCGGCUUACAGGACACACAGUGUGGAUCCCACCCGGCUGCUCCUGACCUUCAACGUCUCCGUCAACCUGGGCGACAAAUAUCACAAGAACACAGCGCUGCACUGGGCCGUGCUGGCCGGCAACACCACCGUCAUCAGCCUGCUGCUGGACGCCAACGCUAACGUCGACGCGCAGAACAUCAAGGGCGAAACACCGCUAGAUCUUGCUAAGCAAAGGAAGAACGUUUGGAUGAUCAAUCACUUACAGGAAGCGUGGCAAGCCAAAGGCCACGACAGCCCGUCCUACCUGAAAAGGCUGAAGAUGGACAAGGAGUUCAGGCAGAAGGUGAUGCUGGCAACACCCUUCCUGGUCAUCUGGCUGGUUGGAUUCAUCGCUGACCUGGACAUUGACUCCUGGCUGAUCAAGGGCCUCAUGUACGCCGGCGUCUGGGUCACCGUGCAGUGCCUCUCCAAGGCUUUCUUCGACCACUCCAUGCACAGCGCUCUCCCUCUGGGAAUCUAUCUGGCCACCAAGUUCUGGAUGUACGCCACCUGGUUCUACUGGUUCUGGAACGAUCUCCCCUUUGCCACCGUCCACUUGCCCUUCCUGUUAAACACCGUGGCGCUGUUCUACAACUUUGGCAAGUCCUGGAAGUCCGACCCGGGAAUCAUCAAGGCGUCAGAGGAGCAGAAGAAAAAGACAAUUGUGGAGCUGGCAGAGACGGGCAGCCUGGACCUGAGCAUAUUCUGCAGCACCUGCUUGAUACGGAAGCCCAUCAGGUCCAAACACUGCGCCGUGUGCAACCGCUGCAUCGCCAAGUUUGACCACCACUGUCCCUGGGUGGGGAACUGUGUCGGAAGUGGGAAUCACCGCUACUUCAUGGGCUACCUGUUCUUCCUGCUCUGCAUGAUCUGCUGGAUGAUAUACGGCUGCAUUUGCUACUGGAGGAUCCACUGCGCCACCAGUUAUGCCAAGGAUGGCUUCUGGCUCUACCUGACCCAGAUCGCCUCCUGCUCUCCCUGGAUGUUCUGGAUGUUCCUCAACAGCAUCUUCCACUUCAUGUGGGUGGCGGUGCUCAUCAUGUGUCAGCUCUACCAGAUCGCAGCUCUGGGAAUCACCACCAAUGAGAGGAUGAACGCUCGGAGAUACAAGCACUUUAAAGUCACAGCCACGUCCAUCGAAAGCCCCUUCAACCACGGCUGCAUCAGAAACCUCAUCGAUUUCUUCGAGAUCCGCUGCUGCGGUCUGAUCCGGCCCGUGGCGGUGGACUGGACCACGCAGUACACAAUAGAGUACGACCAGACGUCAGGCUCGGGCUACCAGCUGGUGUAGAGGAGGAAGAAAUGGGGAAGGUGGGGGAGUCCAGUGUCGCUUAGAAGGAUUACCCGUCCCCAUCACCCUUACCGUCCCCAUGCCGGCGUUCAUAUCCGAGCGAUGCUGUUCUCGAGAGCACUUGCUUUUUUUGGACCAUCUCUCCCACACCGAUCAAAAGACUUGGAAAAAAUAAAGUCAGCCAGGACUCGCAUGCUGUUACGGGGCAAUGCCACAUCCACACCCCCUCCCUCUGCCCUCACCACCACCUUUACUACUAUUACUACUACUACUAUUCUACAGCAUCAGCUGUCCCACCCCUCCACCUCGUCUCUUCUCCUCAGCCCUUUUGGACGGUGCGUUGCUGCCAGGCACAAGCGGAGAGGAGAGAGGCCAACGGACCAGAGGAGUUCCAAAAUAAAAGCAUUUCUGUUUGGACCGGAGACAGCGCCGCGAUGGCAGCGCCGUAACGUUGCAGUAUCGCUCUUUGCCCUUCCCCUUUAUAUCCUUAUUUAUGGCGUCCCUGUUGAUAUGCCCUGUAUGUAUUAUUAUUUUUUUUGUAUUGAUUGGUUCAGGAAGUCUGUUGUUCCUGUGAACGUUAACUGUGGUGGCCAGGGAGGCGGAUGGAUUAAUUUAAAUUGUUUUAAUCAUGAGUUUGUUUCUAAGUAUGUUAGAGAGAAGGGAAUCUCUUUACUUUUUCUUUUUUAAGGUCUUGAUUUUGCACCGUGACGAGUCGAGCUGAUGAGGAUUUGCCAACAUAGUGGAGCUCAUCAGAGUGUAAGAGGUGGAGCCGCGGCAGGAGUCAAAGCCGUGAGGUGGAGUUCUAGGAGUUAUCCCAACUGUUUAUUUUUGAGCCUUUAACCUAAAAACAGUCGUCGUGCGGCGGUAACGGGAUGACGUGCGCGACUCCUACAGCGGCGACCACCGUAGAGGUAUCCUCCAAACAAUGUGAUACAGGUAUAUUUAUUUUAAAACGAUUUAUAGAUAAAGUAACUAUGUGCUAGCGCCACCAUUUUUACAUUUCGCAUCAUUUUAGCUGAGUAGGAUUUUAUGAGAGCAAAUGAUUAAACAAGGACCUGUCGCAGUUUGACACGGAAGCCCGGGAUCUCCACAGUCCAACUCUAUAUAGCGAGUGUAUUUAUUAGCAGCAGAGUGAAAGCAUGGGGAGCACGGAUGAGUUUACAAGGAAGAUUCAUUCCAUGUGUGUGUGUUUCUCUCAAAAAAGCUGUAAAGUCUUAUUUGUUUUGUUUGUCUUGUCUGCCUCCGACAUUGCACUGAUGAUUUAUUUGUAGUAUUUUUUUGCUGUUACUGAACACAUGGGCCCAGCAGCUUCCAUUGUUUACAGAGAGGAAGAGUAGGGGCCCAUCAGACAAGGCCAACUCCCAUCACUUCCUGUCUGGAGCCCCGCGGUCAGCAGCAGGAUGGACUGAAGUGUAAAGAAUGUGUACCUGUACAUAAACAAUAUCUUUCUCUGUAACUAUUUUCUUUGCGUCAGUGUAAGGUGCUCCUGGAUUUCUUUUUUUCUGAGUUUGGGGGUGAUUUCUUCCAACCGAACGGAAAGAAGAGGAUCGAGUGACUAUACUCCAAGUGUAUGAGCGUAGCUUCUAGUGAUGUCCCACACUGCUGUCUAUAGGCAUUUUACCCCCGAAAUACCCCAACUUUACCCCGCCGAGGACUAUCUACUGCAUGUACGAUGCUCGGGACAGCUGGGCUCUCACGUCCCCCCCCCAUCAACCCGACCCCGUAGUCGGCAAGCCACCUGUCUGUAUAUAGUGAAUGUUAAGUAUUUGCAAGUACUUUUCUGCAUUACGUUUAUUUGUCUGUAUUUGGUUUGUUUUUUUAAUCCGUUUUAUUUCUCUCAAAUCCAGUGUGUUUAGUGGAAGUUUUCUUUCAGGUUGCCAGAUUUGCAGUCGGGCCCUCCUGUGCAAGUGUGUAAUAUAUUUGAAUGUUCCAUGCUUGUGGUUUGUUUUACAUUUCUAUGUCAUAUAUCGCUGGGUUUGUUAUACCACUGGAUGUACAAAUUGUAAAGCAAAGACACUAGAGAACUAAGGCAGACGCCAACUUUUUUUUGUUUUCUAAAAGCUGAAAUGUGAUCAUGCAGUAGUUUAAAGGGUAGAGGGGAGGUUCUAUUACAUUAAGGCCUCCAGAACGUGUGGGCCUCGUGUUUGCAUCUUCAUCAUCAUCAGAAGGGGACGAUGUCAUCAUUCCAUGUUUCGUCUCUCUCCCCCCCCCCUUCAUCUUGCUAACCAACCACUGAUGUAAUUUCUGCCCUGCAAAGACAACACACAGCCGCUAGUGUAUGCGUGCUUUAAAGGUCAAAGGUUGUGACUUGAUUUUAUAUCAGUAACCAGUAAAUAACCACUUGCGUUCUAUUAUUGCCUUUUCAGUGAUGGGAGGUAAAAGAGGAGGGCUUGUGGUUCCUUUGUUUUUCUAGGGCAGAGCUCAUCCAGGACAUGAAUCAGUCCUCACUAGUUCUUCCAGCAGCCUGAGAAGUCUCUCCUCUCGCCACGUGGGAUAAUCAAAUAAAUAAAAAAAAAAAAAAGAUAAAGCACAUAAUCAUCUCCAGUGCCUCUCUGCCCACCUUCAGACAUCACUGUAACUCCGCUUCAGAUGUAAACAUAUGGGCAUGGUUCAGUUUUAAUGGCUUUAAUAAUAAAAUACAGUCAAAUGUGAA